AGGCAGAGCUUCGCCAUGCACAGCUCAGCACUGCUCUGUUGCCUGAUCUUCCUGGCCGGUGCGGCAGCCACCCAAGACCACGGCACCCCAUCUGAGAACAGCUGCACCCACUUCCCAGCCAGCCUGCCCCACAUGCUCCGAGAGCUCCGAGCUGCCUUCGGCAGGGUGAAGACUUUCUUCCAAAUGAAGGAUGAGCUGGACAGCUUGUUGUUGACCAGGUCUCUGCUGGAGGACUUUAAGGGUUACCUGGGUUGCCAAGCCUUGUCGGAGAUGAUCCAGUUUUACCUGGAGGAGGUGAUGCCACAGGCUGAGAACCACGGCCCCGACAUCAAGGAGCACGUGAACUCCCUGGGGGAGAAGCUGAAGACCCUGAGGCUGAGGCUGCGGCGCUGUCAUCGAUUUCUGCCCUGUGAAAACAAGAGCAAGGCAGUGGAGCAGGUGAAGAGUGUCUUCAAUAAGCUGCAAGAGAGGGGUGUCUACAAAGCCAUGAGUGAGUUUGACAUCUUCAUCAACUACAUAGAAGCCUACAUGACAAAGAAGAUGAAAGACUGAAGCAUUCCAGGGAAGAAACCAUCCAGGUUGGAGACUCUACUAGACUCUAGGACAGAAACGAAAGAUCUUCGAACUCUGAUCCAGGGUUCUGGGAGAGUAGAACCAGCUCCCUGGAAAACCCUAUUGUACCUCUCUCCUAGAAUAUUUAUUACCUCUGAUACCUCAACUCCCAUUUCUAUUUAUUUACUGAGCUUCUCUGUGAACUAUUUAGAAAGAAGCCCAAUAGUAUACAUUUUUUUCGGUAUUUAUUAUUUUCACCUGUGUUUAAGCUGUUUCCAUAGGGUGAUAUCCUAUGGUAUUUGAGU